CCGGGACUGGAUGCCCAUUGGCCCCACGUACGUGAACGUACGUCUGACGUUAUUUUUGAAAUUUCAGCGGUGGGGCGUCUGUUGUGGUGAGUCAGCGGGAGCUGCGCUGCAGCCUUGUCGAUACGGCUAGAAAUUCAAAAUCAGUACGUACACUGGCUGAGAAAUGUCUUUUUCAAGAGCCCCUCUGAAAAGGUUCAACGAGCACGUAGGUUGUGCCCCUCCACCGGGGUCCUAUGAGAUUAAAACCGGGGACCUCAAGGGAGCUGCGUCCUUCGACAAAUCUGAUCGAUUCCGACCUCUUAAGGCAGCUGCUGGGGCUGCUCUGCCACCACCAUCGCCUUCCAGAAAUGUCCUGGUGUCACCUGUCCGUAGGACUUUGUCUGUUGAUGGUCUUGUUGAAGGGUCAAGUGUAAAGAAAGAGAAGAAUGGCAUGACCAUGGAAAGAAAACAGCAGAAACUCCUGGAGAAAGAGAUAAGGUCCCUGGUGCAGCAGCGAGGAGAGCAGGAUCGUCGGUUGCUGGCCCUGGAAGAGGAGCUGAAGAAGGGGGAGGCCAAGCUGCUGGCCGCAGUCAGGGAGAGGACAGGCCUCGCUGCCACUGUUACAACACUUGAAAGACAGCGGGCUGAGCUCAAGAAAGUCAAUGAGUUCCUAAAAAACAAGGUUUCUGCUGACACUACAAAAAAGAGAAUCAAUUCACUAACAAUGGAGUUAAUGGAAGCAAGGAACACUUUGGAUGUUAAAAACAAGGAGUUAAGUGUCCUUCAGAUUAACACUGAAGGCCAUCUGAAGGUGCUUGAAACUGACCUCCAAGCUGCCAGGGCUACUGCCACAGCUCUAAAGGACAGGAACAAAGACUUGGAGGACCUCCAUCAAGUGACAAAAAUCCAGAAUGAACAGCUGGAAAAUGAGAAUGCUAGGUUACAUGCUGUAAUACGUGAGCUAAGGGAGGAGAUCAGAGUUGUGCAGGGAUACCUGGACGAAGCCAAUGACCAGAUCCAGGAUCUCCGCUUGAAGCUUCAAGAAAACACACUGGAGAACACUUUUGCAGGUUCUCAGCUGAAGACAGUAAAGCAACUAGAAACCAAACUAGAGCAGCGCACAACUGAGCUAGAAACCACUCAAGAUAUGCUGAGACAUAAUGAGAAGGAGGCACAGAGAUUCCAGCAAGAGAUGCGGGUGUCCAAGGAUUCCUUAUGGGAGAUGGAGAAGAGGUUGGAGAACCAAGACAUGAAGCUUAAGUCUGCCCAGAGGUCAGUGAGUGACAUGGAGGAGCAAAUGAAGUUGGCCAACCAAGAAGUUCACAACUCUCAAGCAACAGUCCGGCAGCAGGAGGCAGAGCUUGCCAGACUAAGGGAGGUGCUCAGACGGACGGAGAAGGAACUGGAUGAGAGAGUGGCACAUCUUGUACAGCGGUGUCUUUUCUCUGAGGAAGAGAGAAGCAAGACUCAGGAGGAGGGGCUGAAGAGAGUACAAGAGUUAAAGACAGAGCUCAACUUGCUAAAGGAGAGUAAAAGAGAUGAGAAACAGAGCUAUAUUCAGCUUCAGCAAGAACAUGCUGCUCUUACUGAGGAACUGGAGAAAGAAAAGGCGCUUGUAGACUCACUGUCUGUGCUGGUGGAGCAAGAGAGAGAGGAGUCCGAGGAGCGGUUUAGACAGUUAAAAGAUGAGCUGGAGGAGGUGCUGGGAGAGCUCGCUGUCUUAGAGGAGCAGGAACAGACGAGGCAGGAGGUGGUGGAGAAAAGUCAGGAGGCCCUCCAGAGGUUGCAGGAGGAAAACAAUGAGCUGGAGAGACAACUGAGUGAUACCAGUGCAAUGAUGGAGGGUGCCAAAGAGGCUCUGAAGGGAGCAGAGGAGAGACAGAAAGAACUGGAAGAGGAGGCAGCAAGAGUGACCCAGCAGAUGGAGGAGGAAAUCGACAAAGUGGUUAAACAGAAAGAAGAGGAGAUCAAGAGAAUGAGGAAUGGAUUAGAGGAGCACCAGGAGAGACAGUUAGCUGAAGCAAAAGCAAAGGAGGAGAAUGCAAAAAUGUUGCUGGAGGUGCAGGCUUGCCUUGCACAGAAAGAUGAGGAGAUGAAGUCCAUGGAGAUGAACCACGCUGGUCUGAUCCGUCAGCUACAGCAGGAGCUACAGCUGCAGACAAAGGAGAAAGAAGAGGCUCUGGGAUAUCUAGAGGAACAGAGAGGUCAGAGUGUUACUCAGCUCCAAAUUGAGAAGGAAAAGGCAAAGAAACUACGACAGGAGGUCAGCCUGGAAAAAGAGGAAAUAAUGGAACAGCUCCAACAAGAAAGAAAAGAGAGAGUUAAAAUUCAGACAACCCUUCAGGAGGAAAGGAGAGCAUUGGAGGUUGAAAAGAGAGACCACCAGCAGUUCAGGUCAGAAGUGCUCAGACUACAGGCAGUUCUUGAGAGAGUAGACGAGGAAAAGAAGAGUCUUCUGUCUCAAGCAGAACUAAAGGACCAGUCCAGGCUCGCUCUUGAAAAUCAACUGAACUUGGCGACACAGGAGAGAAAUCAGCUUCAGUCUCGCCUAGAUGAUGUUGAACAAGAGUGUUUGAGCUUCCAGGCCAAAUUACACCUUAUGGAACACCUGCAGUGUGAGCAGGUAGAAGUACUGACUCAGGAGAAGGUCACACUGCAGUGGGAGAUGGAGGAGCAGCGACAGGAACUCCAAAGACAAAUAACUGAAGCACAAGAGAGGAGCUCCCCAAGUUCAGAGACAGAACAUUGGAGGCAACAAUAUGAGGAGCUGUUUGCUAAAGUCAGGCCCUUCCAGGAACAGCUUGAUGCAUUUGCAGCAGAACGAAAUGCACUACUUAAUGAGAAUGGGGCAAACCAGGAGGAGUUAAACAAGCUGGCUGAUGCUUAUGCUCGCCUGCUGGGCCACCAGAACCAGAAGCAGAAGAUCAAACAUGUGGUAAAGCUGAAAGAUGAGAACAUCUCCCUGAAACAGGAGGUGUCUAAGCUUCGCUCCCAGGUGAGCCGGCAGAAGAGUGAUCUGGAGCAGCUGAAGUCAAAGCUCCCCAGUGCUUCUCGCCGCAGGUUUGAUCCCAGCAAAGCUUUCCAACAUGAUAAGGAGAACAGGCAAACUGAAGCAACUGAACCUCUUCAAGAAGGGAAUCAUUAUGACUAAUGGAGCUCUUCUGCCAAACAAGAACUGACAACUAAUUGGCUGACAGAUUUCAUUUCUAAGGUUUGGUCUUCUGAAUACCUACCAACCUCUAACACGUGUUAACCAUAUUCCAAAUUCUUCCAUAAAGAGCCUGAAGAUUUAUCUUUUUUUGAUUUUUAAAAAGAAAUGUGUGUGUGUACAGGAGCAGUGUGUGAAAAUAAUGAGGACAUAGAUGGAUGCAUGUCUUAAGUGCUCACAAUUCAGAUCACAAAAAUGUUGUCGGCAUAAAAAUGUAAGAUGCAUUUUACCGUUAAAUAUAUUUUGGAAUUUUAUCUUUGUAACCUUCUUAGAAAUCUUAGGGCAGUAGAACCAUUAACUAUUUCAUGUGGAAUAGCUCUUUAUAAACUUUAAUUCUUUGUAAAUAAAGACAUUUUAAUACUCUUCUUAAA